UUGAAAAAUUGCGUCAUGGGGAACGAGCGCGACGAACGGUCGAAGAAGAAGCGGCACAGUCGCAGUCGAAGUCGUGAUGUGACUGGAGACCGACAGAAGCGAAAGCGCAGCCGCAGCUCGGACGACCGCAAACGGAGCGAUGAACGCAAACGAAGUCGAAGCGCGGAUCGGAAGAAGGAUAAAGAUCGAGACAGACGAAGCCGCGAACGCAGCCAUCGAGAGAAAGACGAGCGAAAAAGUAGUCGGCGGGACAAAGACGAACGAAGCAGUCAUCGUGGAAGAGAUGAACGACGCGACAAAGACAGCCGACGAGACCGCAGAAGCACCCAUCGCGACAAAAAAGACCGACGCAGCAGAGAUCGGGAUGAGUCACGAGACGAUGUGGACGACCGAAACUAUCGGGAAAAGAGACGCCGAUCUAGCUCUCCUGAGUCCAAGCGGCGAAAAGGCGACUCAAAAGCUCGCGACAGUACUAACCUUCCUGUUCUGUGCUGUAUCGGGACAUCAACCGCGUCUACUCCCAUCCCCACCAGUAAAGUCGGAGAAAACGUCGUCGUACGGUGGAUUGGCGUUGAAAGAUAAAAAACACAAGAAAGUGGAGAAGUCGAAAUCAGUCAAGAAGCCUCCACCGCCGCCUGCUCCACCAGCGAACGAUAGCAGCAAAGAUGCAAUUGAGCGCCGUCAGGAACGGUUGCGAUUGUGGCGUGAGCAGCAGAAGCAAAAGGAAGAAGAAAACACUGUUGGUGGCAACAACAGCAAUGUCGAGGGACCAGACGCACCGCCGGCUGUGGCUGGGUUUGUCGUGGACGAGGACGUUGUUCAACAAGUUCACAUGUGGCCCAUAGACGAAAAGGAUGACAAAGAACCCGAUCAUGUGUCAGCAAUCAGUGAUGACCCAGAGAUCGAUCCGUUGGACGCAUUUAUGGCCGAUUUGGGCAACUCAAGCAGUGUUGUGAUUGAGCAACGGAAUCUGGAGUUGCCCAAAGCCAAGGUCAUCUCGUUCGAGGACAUUAUGUCCAAGAACAAAGAAGUGGACUUUUACGGAUCGUUUUUACCCCCCAACAACGCCCUAUUGCCUGCUUCGAUAUACCCGCCAAAGCAACCUGAUGAGACUGAAGAAGAGAGAGACGCCCGAGAAAAGGCCGAGCUUGAGGAGUUUAUGCGAGCGAUCAAAGCGAAACGCGAGCGAGAAGAGGCGGUCAAUAAAGAAGGAAUUAUUGGCGCUGCUGAAGACAUCGACGAUGACCUCAGGAGUACAGUGAUGGACAAGAAAGCAGACACUGGCCGCAUUUACCAAGGGGUGGAGGAAGAUGCGAUCGGCGAAGAGAUGGCGAACAAUGUGGAUUCUCGUACGGCGUUGGAGAUUUUACAGGAGCAGCAAAAGAAAAAGGAAAUUCGACCUGUAGACCACAAGGCCGUGGACUACAUUCCCUUUCGCAAGAAGUUUUACAUUGAGCCAGCCGAUGUGGCGAACCAACCCCAGGAAGAAGUUGACGAAUUGCUCAAGUCAAUGGAGAUCAAGAUUCGAGGCAAAGGAUGUCCACGCCCAAUUCAAAAGUGGACCCAAACUGGGUUGAGCCAGCGCUUGCAAAAGCUGAUCGCUCGUCAAGAGUACCCAACACCGUUUGCAAUCCAAUGCCAAGCUCUGCCUGCGAUUAUGUCUGGACGGGACGUCAUUGGCAUUGCAAAAACGGGCUCCGGGAAAACGCUUGCUUUCCUCUUGCCAAUGUUUCGGCACAUUCUUGACCAACCUCCACUGGCAGAUGGCGAAGGUCCGAUUGGGCUCGUCAUGGCCCCCGCUCGUGAAUUGGUACAGCAAAUCUACAUCGAGUCGAAAAAAUUCACUAAGGAUCUGGCUCUCCGGUCCACAGCGGUCUACGGCGGAUCGUCAGUAUCGGAACAAAUUGCCAACUUGAAGCGCGGGUCGGAUAUUGUCAUUUGCACCCCCGGUCGAAUGAUUGAUAUUUUGACAAUGAGUGCGGGCAAAAUGGUGUCAUUGAAACGUGUGACGUAUGUGGUGCUGGACGAGGCCGAUCGCAUGUUUGACAUGGGGUUUGAGCCCCAGAUUACCAAGAUUAUGAUGAACAUUCGCGCGGACCGACAGACGCUGCUCUUUUCAGCGACCUUCCCGAGAAGUGUCGAAAGCUUGGCACGCAAAGUGCUGAAAAAGCCUAUUGAAAUCACCGUGGGUGCACGCAGCACUGCGUCUGGCGACAUCAAGCAGUAUGCCGAAGUGCGCGAAGAAUCAGACAAGUUUAUGCGACUGCUCCAACUGCUUGGUAUGUGGUACGAGAAGGGCAACGUUCUCGUGUUUGUCAACACGCAGCAAGCAUGUGACCAGAUUUUUCAAGACCUGAUGAAAGCCGGGUACAUGGCGCUGAGUUUACACGGCGGCAAAGACCAAGUGGACCGAGACUACACGGUAGACGAUUUUAAGCGCAAGGUGCGAACACUUAUGGUGGCCACGUCAGUCGCGGGGCGAGGGCUAGACGUGAAAGACUUGGUGCUCGUGAUCAACUACCACUGUCCAAACCACUUGGAAGAUUACGUCCAUCGCGUCGGUCGCACUGGUCGUGCUGGUCGAAAGGGCACUGCGUACACGUUUAUCAGUCCACAAGAAGAAGAGUAUGCCCCAGAUUUGGUCAAAGCGCUGGAAAACGCAAAGCAAGAAGUGCCCCCAGAACUGCGUGCAUUGUCGGAUCAAUUCAAAGAAAAGGUCCGGACUGGACUGGCCCGGUAUCAUGGCAGUGGUUUCAAGGGCAAGGGGUUUACCUUUGACGAAUCGGAGAAAUCUGAAGCCCAAAGGGCGGCUGACUACCAGAAACGUCAAUACGAAAUGGACGAGGGAUUGGCAGAUGCGGGCGACGACGACGACGACGAUGAAAGUCCUGUGCCAUCAGCGAAACCGACGACCUCGGCCCCAGAACAGUCGGAAAAAUCCAUCGAGGAAAUGACGAUGGCUGAAAAGAUGAACAGUUUCAAGGAACGUGCGCGUAUGGUGGCCAACAUGUUGGUGGGUGAACCGAGUCAGAAAGAGGAGAUUCGGCACUUUCGAGACGAGCUCGAGAUCAACGACUACCCACAACAGGCGCGAUGGAAAGUGCUACAGAAAGAGUCGUCGGACCUGGUUGCCGAAAUCACGGGGGCCGCCGUCAUUCGCAGAGGAACGUACGUCGCUCCGGGUCGGAAACCCAACGUUGGCGAACGAAAACUCUACUUGGCCAUCGAAGCUGGAUCAAGGCAAGCUGUUGCAGAAGCCAAACGCGAACUGCAACGGAUUUUGGACGAAAAGACAAUGGAAGUGGGUAUCAGUGACGACCGGAAGUAUGGCAAGUAUUCGAUAUAGGGGUAAGGCACAAUCACAUCAACAUAGAAGUUCACA